UUGAACUUCUUUUUCACUGCAUCUAACAGUAAUUUAAAAAAAAAAAGCUUUCUUUUUCUUACUUUUUUAUCAAAAUCUUUCUUUUUUUUUAGGUUUGCAAAGGACAUUGAAAGCAAAAAAUCAUAUUUUUUUCGCCUUUUAAAGGUACUGUACAGACGUUUGGGUCUCAAGUAUGUGGUUCUGCUGAUAAUGUUAUUGGCAUAUGGAUUAGCCGGUGGACUACUGUUUUAUUACUUGGAAGCACCAGCAGAACGAGCGUUGAUCGUUAAACUCACAGAUGUUUGUCCGACUUUUACUGCUCUCAUUAAUCAUUUCCUGAUAUCCAACGUAACACUGUCCCAACAACUGUUGACUCAAUCACAGAUAGAUACUAUAAAUAUUAGAAACCAACUUUAUUUGCAGAAUUUAUGUAGUAGCAAGAUUGAGAAUCUCUUGCAACAGUACGACAAGAGUGCUGGAAUAAAUCCGGAUAAACCGAAUCACUGGUCAUGGAAUGAUUAUUGGAAUGCAGUUUUCUACUGCGCCACGAUAUUCACCACAAUUGGAUACGGAAAUAUGUCGUGUAGAACUCGGCGAGGUCGAAUCGCCACUAUUUGCUAUGCUUUAAUUGGGGUUCCAUAUAUGCUUGUAGUACUAAAUUCAGUUGGUAAACUGAUCUUCAGCAGCGUUCAGGAAAUUUGGGAGAGACUAAAUCUUCAGGAUAGCGUAUCUGCAGAAGAUGAACUUUUUGAAACUUUCCCUCUGUAUUUGGCUCUUUUAAUCAUCUUCGCCUACAUCGGUCUUUGUUCGUUGAUAUUUUGUCUUUGGGAAGAGUGGGAUUACUUCACUGCCUUUUAUUUCUUCUUCAUAUCGUUAACAACAGUUGGACUUGGCGAUGAAAUGCCCGAUCAUCCGCAUUAUGCGUGUCGUAUCACUGUUGGUCAAAUGCUGCAUUCUUUAAGAACAGAUAUUGCUAUAAAUUUUAGGAUGGAAAACUUUCUGAAAUGUCAUUUGACUGUAUAA